GCCGUCCUCAUCGUGCUAGUUAUGAUAUAAUGCAAAAUUUAAGUUUUGCCAAAGUGUUGAAGACACCUCUGCACCUCCUCAUUCUUAGUAUCCUCUCCCUCGUUUUUGUUCUUCUCUUAACAUCUCAACCUUACAUCAAAGACUCAAUAUCGUCUACAUUCGCGUAUUUCCACGUCGAAACUCCUCUAUGCAUUCCAUUGCCAGGAUCUCCAAACUUCCGCCCGUCUGUGUCCAACUGCCCUGCUGAAUCAAGCACUACCUUUGGUAGGUAUGAAGAAUAUGAGAGCCUGGCACACGUCCACGAUCUGCUUUGGGAUGACCUAAUCCCCCAAAACGGUGGGUUUCUAAUCCUUCCAUCUGCAAAAGGCGAGUUGGAUCAAUACGGUGUCAGCAUGUUCCACCAGCUACACUGCCUCGCCAUGAUCCGAAGCGUUGUGCAAGGGCUGCAAGAGGAGACCAAUUCUGCGCGCAUCCACGUACGUCACGACCAUGGGCACGGAGACCCUGAAACUGGAAUAAGUGAUAAGCAUUGGCAACAUUGCUUUGAUUAUCUACGUCAAACGAUCCUUUGCAAUGCCGACCCGACCAUCGAAGAACCAAGGAUCAAUUCGGCAGGGAAAAAAGUCAUCAAUGGGAUGGUGGAACGUCAAUGUCGGGAUCCCAAUGUUCUCUUUGCUGCGAGUGUCGAGUCUUUUCGGUAUGCCAAUGAAGAGAUUCGGAGUGGUAGAAGGAAAUUUGCGUAUCAUGAUUGAUUGGAAGAUACAUACAUAGUAUAUAAAAAUAUCAACCCAAUCGCAUUUUCUUAGUGCCACUAAAAGCUCACUGCAGUCCGAGCUAUGUUUUGUGGUUUCAUGUCCAAGUUGUUUGUCUUUGCCUCGUUCUUCAACCACGCUGUGAGUGUCCAUCUAAUCCCAUCAUAUGUUGCCUCUACAACUUUGUACAUAUCGCGUUUCUAGUAAGUGCGGAAACAUGAAAAGCAACUCUCUGUGGUAUACAUUAGUAAUAGAAUCAGUAAAGAGUAUGCAUUAUUUGUAUUGGUGGGUUGCUGAGUUCUGAGGGCUCCUCCUGAAUGCGAUUUCUGGCCCCAGCGCUAGGCCGAAAUGAGAUGUUCAC